GAGAGGGGCGGGCGAGCGAGCGGCUCAAGGCCACCCAGUGAAACCUGGAAGCGGAAGAGUCGGAGGGUGGUAAGAUGGCGGCUUCCAUGUCGCUCCUCUCGGGCUGGAGGCGUCUAAUAUCUGGUUUCUUGUGGGGCGGCUGUGCUCGGAUCCCGUCUCGUGGACUCCGGCAAGUUGUAGAAAUUACUGACGGAAACACCAGUAUUAUUGAAGGUAAAGUUCUAGAAGAUGUGGAGGCUCCAACUCCUCCAAAUCCUUCUGGCCAGUGCCCUAUCUGUCGCUGGAACCUGAAGCACAAGUAUACUUAUGAGGAUGUCUUAUUGCUCAGUCAAUUCAUACGCUCUGAUGGAGGGAUGCUAUCCCGGAGAAUCACAGGCCUUUGUUUGGAAGAGCACAGGAAGGUUGUUGAGUGUGUGAAAAUGGCUCAUCGAGCAGGUUUGCUGCCAAAUCAUAGGCCUAAACUUCCUGAAGGUUUUGUUCCAAAAAACAUGAAACCAAAGCUCAACAGGUACCUUACCCGAUAUUCUAUCACAUCUGUGAGACCCAUCUGGAACAAGGGACACAAGUGGUGCAAGGUUCCCAUGCCUAUUUCACACCCUGUACUCCGUGAUAAUGUUAAUUACGGAACAAAGCCUUACCGUUUUAACCACUAAGGUAAAGUAAGCUAGUGUUCAGUAGAUUGCAACUGCCCUGCCUCAGUAUUUGUCAACCCGUUACAGAUAUUUUGAUGCCCUAUAGUCUGGAAGGAGGCAAACAAACUUUUUUCCUCUGGAAACAUACAGAACCUUUCAGAGAAGGGACAACUUAAUGGUUAAGUACACUUGUCAUUUAACUGAAAGAGAAUGUAAGAGAUGUUGCUUCUGGAUAACAAAACUGUAUCCUUUAAUUAAACCCUUGAGAUUA